CGGCCCCAAUCUGCCCCAAUCCCCAGGCGCAUUUUGGAUUCACUGCCAUGGGGCCGAAUGGCAACUAAAUGUUAUAAAAGAACGUUAGAUAUCGUCUCAAUUAUCAUCAUCAUCAUCAUCAUCAUCAGCAGCAUCACAAUCAAUCAAUCAAUCAACCAACCAAACAGUCAUCACUCUCAAUCUCAAUCUCAAUCCAUCUUUCUAUCUCUCUAUCUCUACCCCAAUACACAAUCCAACCAUCAAAAUGAAGACCGUCUUCGCUGCCCUCGUCAUCGCCCUCUUCGCCUCUUUCCUCCAAAUCUGCCCCGCUCCCAUCGGUGGCCUCGCCAGAAUCGGCGGCCGUCUGAUCAAGGGUGCUAUCGAUGCCGGCUCCGACAUCAACGACGAAGUCCAGAACAACUCCCGCCGCACCCUGAUCACCCUCGACGGCGACCACUUUGACGAGCACGCCUACCUCCAGGCCCGUGACGAUGACCCGUUCGCUGGUCUCCCCGAGCCCGCGGCCACCCAGUGCAAGGACCAGCUCAAGGAUGUCACGGUGAGCUUUAAGAUCAGCGGCAACACUGUUACUAUUGGAAGUGUGCCGGCGACUUGCAUGACUCUGGCGACUGUUUUCUUGGGUGACAACCCGGGUGCUCACGGUCCUAUUCCUAUGAGCUCCUCGAGCUUGAAGUACACCAACGUCGACCAGGGUGAUAUCCAGCAGCUGCGCAGCAUCAUGAAGCAAUAGAUUAGACGGUUCGGUUCGGUUCGGUUUAUAGAUACAGGUAGCGGUGUUUGGUGUUAUUUUGGUCAUUAUUUCCUUUGAUCUCUCGAUGUUUUUAUGCGAUCUGUCUAUAUUUUUGUUAUGGGUCAUGCUUUUUAUGUGUUCUUUCAUGCGAUUGGUGUGCCUGGAGUUUGGAUGCAACGGAGAUUACCCGAAUAGGAAAUCCUAAAUUUGAGAACUC